AUGCCCCGAAAGGUCAGGGUUCCUGUACCCAAAGACAAGAGCCGUGAGACCCAGCAGCGCUCUCGAGCACGGCAUCGAGAAUAUGUCGCAGAUCUGGAGAAACGCAUUAGGGCCUUUGAACGCGAGGGUAUUCAAGCUACAGUAGAGGUGCAACAUGCUGCAAGGAUGAUGGCCAUCAAGAACGAGCGACUGCUUGCUCUGCUGGCCUUGCAUGGUGUUCAGCAGGAGGAAAUUGACACUUUUCUGGCCGAUGACGCAGAGUCCGGAGAUGCGAAUAAAGUCCCUUCGCAGUCCAGCACAAGUGAUGCGACAGCGCCUGGGCCUGAGUCAGCUCAUUGCCUGGCACAUAUCAGACGCUUGCAGAGCAAUACGAGAAAUGACACGCUGAGCCAGGGCAACCCUAGCGGUCAUAGCCUUCCCGCGUCACACCGAUUAGUCUGCAAACCGAUCUCGGGACAGGCUCAAGACACGACGAUACGGCACGAGAUGUCAUCCAGGAAUGCGACGAAUGAGACAACGUCAUGCGAGGCUGCUGCAACGAUUAUCGCCAGUCUCCGCGGUCAUGGGGACAUCGACGAAGCUCGCCAAACACUUGGCUGCGGAGACAAGUCAUCAUGCUCUGUCAAGAACAUGGAUUUAUUUCAGCUCAUGAACGAGGUGCCCUGA